GGGAGGCAAAAAACCUGCCGACGAGAUCGUUUGCUACCGUCCACGAGAGACGUAUCGCGUUCCGCAAAGCAUUUACAACGAUCGUCCCGCGUUAUCGGUUCGCGUCGGCCACCGUGGUAUAAUAAUAAUAAUAAUCCGUAUAAUAUUCGUCGUAGGAUCCAUUUCAUCCUUUCCCCCCGUCCCGCCACUCCGUCGGGUCUAGAGCCGCCGACGCCGGGUGAUUAAUCGCUGCUAUUCGCUAUCGUCCGGACCGACCGACGACGUCCGCAGCUCUCGCUAUCAGUUGCGCGAGUGAUAGAGGACGGUUUUUUUAUUUUUUUUUUUACAUGUAACAUUACGCACCACUCUACCGAGUGCUACGUUAAUUUUAUAAUUGUUACAGUACAUAUUAUUAUUAUUAUUAUUAUUAUUAUUAUUAUUAUUAUUAAUAUCACGCACACGUUUAUCGCGGUUGUACGUGUACCGUCGUCGCAUUAUCAUCUAUAACAUUAUUAUUAUUAUUAUUAUUAUUAUUAUUAUAACAUUUUAUCCGUGCCCGCGUCGAUCGUUUCCGCCGGAGAGGUGAUAACCGAUAAUUGAUCAACAAACUCCGGACGGUAGCGUAGUAACCGUGUGAAAUUAGGUUAUUUCGCGUAGUUGUUUUGCGUCCGCCUCUGUAACUCGUACGACAACGCUCGCGGUUCCAGUCACCGUUGUUUUAUCAUCGGCAGGUGUCCUGCGUUAAUUUUAACUACCGUAUCCACACUUUGCUCCAUUCGAACCGCGAUCGUCAUGGCCAUGGAAGGAGAGGAACUCAUCUCGGAUCAAGAAAAGGUCAGAAUUGUUUCCGAUUUCAUUCUACAUUCACCUCCAGGCGAAUUUAAUGAAGUAUUCAAUGAUGUUCGAGGCUUAGUUAACAACGAUGCUCUUCUUAAAGAAGGAACGUGUUGGGCAUUUGCUUUGUACAAUAAAGAACAAACAUUACCUGUUAAGAUAGAAAACAGUGAAUAUCCGGUGCUUAUUACUCAAUUUAACGAUCUAGGAUCUAGUAGAUUUUAUGACCCUAGAUCUAAACAAUCAUUUAAGUUUGAUCAUUUAAGAAAAGAACCAUCAAACUUUGAGAAUUGGGAGCCAGAUUCAGAGACAGAAACUUGGCGUUCAGUAUUUGAAACAGAAUUUACUGCUUAUACAUCAUUACAUUAUAAACAUGGUACAUGUAGUGUAUUUGCUAAACAAGAAGGUUCGUCUACUGUUAUAACAGCUUGCAUUGAGGAUCAUGAAUUCCAAGCAAAAAAUUUUUGGAAUGGUCGUUGGCGGUCUCAGUGGACUCUUACUAUUGGACCAACAAAUAUAGAUAUUUUUGGAUUCCUACGAAUUCAUGUUCAUUAUUAUGAAAAUGGUAAUGUUCAACUGGUAGCAUCUAAAGAAAUUAAGGAAUCAAUUCCGUUAACAACUGAAGAGUUAGCUGUAAAAGAAGUUUUGAAAAUAGCAGAAGAUGCCGAGAAUGAGUAUCAGAUAGCAAUAACAGAAAAUUAUCAAACUAUGUCAGAAACAACAUUUAAGGCACUCCGUCGUCAGUUGCCAGUCACCAGAACUAAAAUUGAUUGGAAUAAAAUUGUUUCUUACAGUAUUGCUAAAGAGUUUAAAACUCAAUGACCAAUCAAACAAUUAAUAGUCAUUGUUUUAUUUUCAUGAUGCAAAAGACUUAAUUGGUAAGUCCGUACGCUUGCUGAAAUAUUUAAAUAUUAUGAGAAAAGAAAUCAUAAUUUGUUUUAUUAAUUAUAUCUUUCCACCAAUGAGUUAGAAAAAAAUUGAAUCUUUUAACCGCGGUGUUAGGACAAAAUUGUACAAAACAAAAUGUGAAAUUGCUCGCUUAGCAUUCAAUAUAGUUUUCCUUUUAUUUGUAAAUUUAUUGAGGUUCAAUUUUUAUUUUUUUAUUUUUAAUUGUAUUUAUUAAUUUUGUUGAAAGUAAACAAAACUUUAUUAUGAAAUUAAGGUUUAGGUUGAAAAGUAAACAAAUAUGUUCAUUUUUAGAUUAAUACAUUUUAUGUUAAAGUUAAAAGUUCCAAGUGUAUUUUAUUACUUUUUUGGAUUUUGGAAUAUAAAAUAAAGUAUAUACCUUCAGUUUUUUAAAUUUAAAUAAUAAAAAUCCAUGUUUUAUAACAUUUCAAAUGUCUAAAGAAUAUAAAAUUAGGUCAAUUUCAUUAAAUUUAUGUUUUAUAACUGUGUUAUGUAAUUUAAUUUAUCAAUUUUAAUCAAAAUGUAUUUUUAUUUUUUUUUAUUUACAAUUUAUAUUUUAUUCAGUAAGAAAUAAUAACCGAGAAAACCAAUAAUGUAUUUAAUAUGUUUGAAGCACAAAUUAGAGUGUAAAAACUUAGACUAUAGAAUAUAGUCAAUAGUUUUUUUGAGUUAUGAAAAUUUUAAUUGAGAUCUGUAUUUUUUCUUGAUACCUAUACACAUAUUUUGAGUUAAAUAUUUUAAGUAUUGAUUCUAAAACUAACCUUUUAAAUACUUAAAAUUAUUUUAGUAUAAGUUUAAAAUGUAAUUACAUACAUUUAAAAAUUUUUUUCAAAAGUUAUAUACCUAUUCAAAUCCUUAAAGUUCUUAUUCCUGAAUCAUCUUUAAUUACUGUUCUGCUUAUAAAGAAAUAUAUAUAAAUAUAUAUUGCUGCAUUUGUUAAUGUUACCUUAUAAGUAUUAAAAGUUUCUUUCAUACAUUUAGCAUGUUAUUAACUAUUAUUUUUUGAAAAAAACCAAAAUUAAAUUUGUUAACAUUAUUAUGAUAUUGUAAAUUUAUUAUCAACAAUUUAUGUUUUUACAUAAAUUUCAAAUGUUGUUGACUGUUUUCUAGUAAAACAAUAUUGAUGUUAUGGAUAUUAAUGAGAUAAAAACUAGAUAAUUCUUACCACUAUUUUACUUUUUUUGUAUGUACAGAUAUGUAUUUGUAUAGUCAAAUAUUUUAAGUACACAAAAGCAAUUUUUGUUAACUAAUUACAUAAUACUAUAUAUAUUAACAUAUUUAGAUAUAUGCGUUUAAUAUGCUUAUCUAAACAUAAAUAAAACUGUAUAAUACUGCUGUAUUAAUUAGGAAAAACAAUUUUGGUGAAGGUUAUGUGAUUUAAAUGUUGUAUAAUUGUAAUGAAUGCCGUUAACAAAACUUUGUUUUUGAUUCAUGGUAGAUUUUUUUCUAAUAAAUUUGUUUUUGUAAUUAAAAAAAAAUGCAUUAAAACGUGCAAUAUUUAGCUAAAAAUAUUUAAUAAUAUUAUGUACAUUAUGUAUUUCAUAAAAAAAAUUAUCUUAUCGCGGUUUGUAUUGAAAUUUAGUGAAUUAUCAUAGGUUAUUAUAAAUUGUAUACCAAUAUAUUUACAUUUAUUUUGGUUUUAUAUAUUUCAUGCUCACAAAAACAAAUUUUUCGUCAUUAUCCGUUAUGUCAAUUAUUAAUUAUUAUUAAAUGAUUAUAUUAUUAUUACUUUUAUCAUUAAUAUUUUAUUAUUUAUUAUAUUAUUAUUAUUUUUAUUAUUAUUAUUUUAAUUUAAUUUAAUUACUAAACAGGAUGUUCUUAUAAAAUGACUUUCUUGUUUAAUUUUUAAAAUAAUGUUAUUUAAAGAGGAAAAUUAUAUAUUAUAUUCAAAGCUACAACAAUUUAUGUUUUGCUAAAUUUUUCUUUCCUGAUGUUCGAUGCUUCAGCUUUUAGCUUCUAGUGUUUAAAAAUUGUAUAAACCACUUGGAAUUUAUAAUUGGUUAAAUACUUAAAUUCAAUAUUUUAUUAUAUUGAAUAAUAUUUUUUACAAUUUAUUACUCCAUUGUAUUUAUUUUGGCUUAUCAGUUAUUAAAAAUAUGGGUGAUUUGGAGGUGGUUUAUUAUAAUACAAUGGUCUUAAAAACUAAGACGUAUCAUAAUUACAAAUUAAUUUGAGCCCACAAACCUAUAUAAUUAUAUAAAAAAAUGUCUUUAAUAAAAUUAUUUAUUGAUAAGCAAUUUUUCGAACAAAUAUAAUUGAUUAUUGCUGUAUAAACUGAAUACCAAAAUUGAUCAUCUUCUAUUAUAUUUUAUUACAUAACUAUUAUAAUUCUGACUAUUAUUGAUAAUUAUAAAAUAAAUAGUAACAUGGCUCAUUAA